CGGUGGGGCCUUUUCCGGCUGCGGGGCUCCGUGUCCGUGUGGGUCCCGCGUGGGUCCGGUCCGCAGGUCCGUUCCUCGCCGCACGGACACAGCGAUUCUGUUUCGGGUAUUCCAUCCGCAGCUCUUCGUUUAGUAGUGGUCCGUGUGACGCCUGCACUGGUGCCGAUCAGUUGCUGUGUACGCGCGUUAGCGUUUGCUUGGUUGUCUUCAUAGCUGUGGAAUGAAUUCCGUUAAUAAAAUACGCUCCUCUCUCUCACGCGGACAUGUAAAGCGAGUAAUUGCGCUCCUGCCGUCAGUCUGUUCAAGAACUCCGUUUAGAAGAUGGCAGGAGAUGGCUGAAGGAGUACAGUGAAGCCUUUUGCUGUGGACUGACCGUACAGAUCCCAGAACCUAUUCCAGUUGCAGAUACAGCGUGUGCUUCUCAAGUAAAUGGGCACACUGUGAGCCUACAGACUGACUCAGGGGACAAAAACCAGGAGAUGCUUUUUGUGAGGAUAGCUGUGCUACGCCUCCAUCCAGCUGAGUCUUGGAAUUUCCUUUGGACAAACUCCUGUGACAGAAGCACCCAUCUGACAGCCAGCUGAGCUGCCCCUGUGUCAUAGCGAGCUGCACAGUGCUGGCAGUGCAGCACCCUGAACCUCAGUGCGGGCUGUCUGGCGAGUGGAGGAGGUCUCAAUUCCUGCAGGAGUUCCUGCAGCCGUGACCACCUGAGGAGGCAAAGGAUUGCUGAUAGUUGCCAGCAGAGCCUCGGUGAUUCUUACCCACGUGGGACACUUCAGAGAACUGGGAACAAGGCCUGCUGCCAAACUUGUGCUUGAAACCCUACACAGGAAGAGCCAUUUGUCAGAUGUCACCCCAACAGGAGCUGCUGAAUUCAAGUGCGCUUCUGGAGGAAAAAAUAACAAUUUAGAUAUUUACCAGGAAGGAAAGAAAGUUAAAAGUAGAGUGACAGUGACUUCAAAGAGGGUGUCUGACUUGGAAGAAUAACACUUUUGCUGGUGCUGGUUUUAGGAGUACCAGCUGUGCCUGUGUUUGAAGGAUGGAGCAGGUGUUUCGGCCAGGUCAGUAGCCAAGGUUGUGAAGUGGUGCCUGGCACACAGCCUGGCCCUGGAGGAGCAUUUUGGAGAGAACAUCACCCCGUUAGCACCAUGGGAACUCCAGCCCCAGGGUCUGUGCUGCUGCUCGCUGUGCUGAUGGGGCUCUGUGCUCCCCCAGUGGCACAGGGGAAGCCAAACUUCAUCGUCAUCCUGGCAGACGAUCUGGGCUGGGGGGACCUGGGGGCCAACUGGGCCGAGACGAAGGAGACCCCACAUUUGGAUGAGUUGGCUGCUGAAGGGACAAGGUUUGUGGAUUUCCACUCGGCUGCCUCCACCUGCUCACCAUCCCGCGCCUCUCUGCUCACGGGGCGCCUCGGCCUGCGCAAUGGGGUGACCCACAACUUUGCCAUCAGCUCGCUGGGCGGCCUGCCCCUCAAUGAGACCACGCUGGCUGAGGUGCUGCGGGCAGCAGGGUACAGCACAGCAGCUAUAGGCAAAUGGCACCUGGGGCACCAUGGCCACCACCACCCCAUCUUCCGUGGGUUCGAUUAUUACUUCGGGAUCCCCUACAGCCAUGACAUGGGCUGCACAGACACCCCAGGCUACAACGUGCCACCCUGCCCAAGCUGCCCACAGCACAGCGCAGCCACCAGCCCCAGCAAUAAAGACUGCUACACGGAUGUAGCCCUUCCUCUCUUUGAGAACCUCACUAUCAUCCAGCAGCCCGUCAACCUCAGCAGCCUGGCGGAGCGGUACGUGGAGGCGGCAGCACGCUUCAUCCGGCAGGCAAGGGACAGCAGCCGUCCCUUCUUCCUCUAUCUGGCGCUGGCCCACAUGCACGUGCCACUGCAGAUCGCCCCACCACGGGACAGGGGCAUCUAUGGGGCUGCCCUGCGUGAGAUGGAUGCCCUGGUGGGACGUCUCAAGCACCUGGCCGACAGCUGUGGGAAGGGCAACACACUGCUGUGGUUCACAGGUGACAACGGCCCUUGGAUGCAGAAGUGUGAGCUGGCGGGACGCCUGGGGCCACUGCUGGGGGCCUGGCAGAGGGCACGAGGAGGCAGCCCUGCCAAGCAAACCACCUGGGAAGGAGGGCACCGGGUGCCAGCAUUGGUGUACUGGCCUGGCCACGUCCCUGCCGAGCGGAGCAGCCGCGCCAUGCUGAGCACCCUGGACGUCUUCCCCACACUGGUGGCCCUGGCUGGAGCCACACUUCCCCCAAACAGGCGCUUUGAUGGCGUGGACGUGUCCCCGGUUCUCUUUGGGCUGUCAGACGUGGGACACAAGAUGCUGCUUCACCCCAACAGCGGGGCAGCAGGGAAGGACGGGGCGGUCGAGGCGCUGCGGCUGGCUCAGUACAAGGCAUUCUACACCACAGGAGGGGCGAAGGCUUGUGAUGGAAGCAUUGGGCUAGAAGAGCAUCACUGGCCACCGCUCAUUUUCAACUUGGAUCGCGAUAUCCAGGAGCAGGAGCCUUUGGACGUGGCAUCCAGGGAGUAUCAGGCAGUGCUGCCUGCAGUCAGCAGGGCUUAUGCCCAGGCCCUGGAGGAUAUUGCAACAGACAACAUCACGUUUGCAGACUACUCCAAGGACCCGUCAGCAGUGCCCUGCUGCAGCACACAGCACAAGGCCUGCCGGUGCCACACAGCCACAUCUCACACAGCCUCGCUGCACCAGCGCACGGACAGAAGAGCAACACGGCUUUGUGUGUAAGCAAAUCAUUGCUCAAGCUGCUUCUCUUCCAAUCCUGGUUUCUGUGAAUGGGACUGCUGUUCAUGCUGGCUGCAGGCUUGAGGUUGGCCCAAUGGGCAGGGAUGGACGCUGCAGCUCCCCGUGCUCUGCGCCUUGCACAGAGCCUUCCCUCAGCUGUGUGUGAGGGAGCAGAGGGUCCCGUUUGCUGCAGCUCUAUGCAGAGCAGCCCUGUCCCCUGGCUGGAGCAGUCACUGCAGCACCUGGUGGCUCUGGGCUUCUUGCAGGGCUACACGUCCCUGACAUCUUGCUAGAUGGCAUGCUUGGUGUGUCCUGCAGCUGCUGUGCACUGCAUAGCGGAGGCCAGAGAUUGUCUUGGGAGAAGUAUCUGAGUCCUGAUAUUUUGAAAGGCAUAAACAGGUGUGCAAUGCAGAACUGGAGGAACUGCUCCCUGUCAACUGUGUAUAUGCAUCUUCUAGGGAGCUCAGAGAGAGGGUCCCAAGGUGUCCAGGCAGCCCAGUGCUGCAGGCAGACUCAGCUCCUGCCAUCCCCGAUGCGAUGCUGCAGGGCUGGGCGAGGCUCUUGUGGGACAUUUGUGGGCACAUGCAAAAGCCUGAGGAGCUGCAGAGGCAAAACUGAAGUUGCAACUGAAACUCAGAAACCACCAGGAUUUCCCAGCAACUGAGUGAGGGUUUUCUGAAACACAUUUGGACUCCAAAUUACGCACCCAGGUCUUUCUUUGGACAAGCCGUAAGUGGCUUGUCUCAAGCAAAGCAAGGUGUUACACCAGCCACUGGGAGUUGUAAUUACGGGCAGCACUGCUGAAAUUAGAGGGGCUGCCCAACCGUUUGCAAUUAGCACUGGCCCACAGCCUCCCACAGCAGCACAGUGUGGCUUUGGCUGGGCUGGGUCCGGAUGGUGCCGGAGCCACCAACCUCUCAGCAGAGCCCCAAACCCACUUGCUAAAGCUUAAUCAAGACUGACAUCUUUAGGGCCCCACAAAGAACAGCAGGAGCAUGGGCAGCGAGCUGCCAGGGACGGACUGUGACUUUAUUCUGUCUUUAGCUGUAGCAAAUCGCAUCUUUUCUUGUGUCACUGCAAAAAUACUUUGCUUGGGUAAAAUAGUAUGUACUGUACAAAGACAUAAGUUUAAUAUAUCUUCUUAUAAGUACAUUUAUACACAUAAAACAGCAUAAAUUAGAAACGGGUAAAACAGGUAUAUAAAAUCCUGGUUACAUACAGAUCUGAUUAAAUUAGCAUUUACAAUGUGGUUCUAA